AUGGCGACGCUUGUUCUGAACCUAGAGUUCAUCAACGAGCGACUAACUGCUGCUGCUGAACAAAUAUUCUUGGAGUUUGAAAAAACGAUCGUCCAGUACGAGGAAGAGAUCGACCGUCAGCGCAGACUGCUGGAUAUCACCUGGAAACCCCAAAUCAAGCUGCACAGGACAGAACUUCCACAGCAGCCUGUCUGUAAGGACGAGGAGGUUCUCCCUGAGCCACAGCUCUGGAGCCAGGAGAGGAACUCUCUGCACCAGGAGGAACCAGAACUUCCACAUAUUAAAGAGGAACAGGAGGAACUCUGCACCAGUCAGGAGGGUGAGCAGGUUGGACUGAAGGAGGACAUUGAUACCUUUAUGGUGACUGCUGCUGAGGAAAGAGACCACCAUGAACCAGAAGCAAACAGUAACCAGCUCCCUUUUCAAACCUCUCCUAUAGAUGAGAGCCAAAAUCACGGAGGAAGUAGGAAUUUAGACUCGGGGACAAAUAGUAACUUAGAAAGUCAGAGUAAUUCUGACACAGGUAAAGAGUCUAUAACAUGUAAUCUUUGUGGAAAAUCCUUUAAGUAUAAGUACAGAAUGACUCGACAUCAGAGAAUCCACACAGGUGAGAAGCCAUAUUCUUGUGAAACGUGUGGGAAAAAGUUUUGUAUGUUAUCAACACUUAAAGGCCAUUUGACUACCCAUACAGGUGAGAAACCAUAUUCUUGUGAAAUAUGUGGGAAAAGUUAUACGCGAAGCAGUGGUGUGACCAUACACAUGAGAAUGCAUACAGGUGAGAGACCGUACCAUUGUAAAACAUGCAGGAAAGUGUUCUCAAGUAGUAGUCAUUUAUCGGCACACAGAAGAACGCACACAGGUGAGAGACCGUAUAAUUGUAAAACAUGUGGGAAAAUGUUCACAUCUAGCAGUCAUUUAUGGCGCCACAUGAAAACCCACACGGGUGAGAGACCGUAUCAUUGCAAAACAUGUGGGAAAAUGUUCACAUCUAGCAGUCAUUUAUGGCGCCACAUGAAAACUCACACAGGUGAGAAAUCGUAGUCUUGAAACAUUUAGAGAACAAUGUCUGAGAAGCCAAGCGUGGAAGAAUAUCUGAGAAUUUAUACAGGUUCACAUGAGUACUUUCAGAGUUUAGAUACCUUUAAAUACCAUGUUUAUCAUGUAUAAGGCAGAUUUAACCCUGUAAGACCCAAUCCAUCAAUUCUAAAAAUAAAUAAUUUUUCUGGGGCGGGGCUGAGAUGUUUAAUAACCCUUAUAACAAAAUCCACAUUUUUAAUGUCAUGUUGUUUAUGAUAUAUAAUAGAAAUAUACUUUUUGUUUCCCUUUUGAUAAUUUGAUGUUUUUGUUUUGAUGAGAUAGAGGUCUUAGAAACUAAUGUAGCAAAUAUGACACUAAGGGUGUUAUAGGGUUAAUCUGUUCUCAUCAAAUGCGUCAAUGAAAAUAUGGUGACUAUCAAAAAAUGAAUUUUAGCUGUUUUAUUUAUUGAUAUAUUUCUCUGUGGCAAAGUUGAAACUCAAUUUGAAGUACAACGUUCUGGAAUGGCCAUCUCAGUCCCCAGACCUGAAUAUUAUUGAAAUCUGUGGUGUGAGUUAAAGAGAGCUGUCCAUGCUUGGAAGCCAUCAAAUCUGAAUGAACGAGAGAUGUUCUGUAAAGAGGAACAGUCCAAAAUACCUUCAACCACAAUCCAGACUCUCAUUGGAACCCACAGGAAGCGUUUAGAGGCUGGAAUUUCUGCAAAAGGCGGAUCUACUAAAUAUUGAUUUCAUUUCUUUUUUUGUGGGGCC